AUGGAAAGCUCCUCGCGAAAGGCUUUCGCGCCUCCCCAGCUCAACAAGAACACCGCCGCCGACUUCUCUUCGUCUGCGUCCGAGUCCGAAGACGACUACCUAGCCCCCAACGCGAAUGUGGACGAUGGCGAUUUUGGCGACUUCAACCCGCGCAAACGACGGAAGUUGCAGGGAAACAACAAGGAGCGAGCUGCGCUUGGCGUUUUUGGCUCCGAUAGCGAAGGCGAUGGCCCAGGAAGGAAGUGGAAGAGCAGGAGUCUUCGGGGAAAGGGGGUAAGCUUUGUGUCGACAGCAAAGGACCCCGAGAUCGGAGAAGACGACGAUACACCCAUGUUGGGACUCGGCAGGGAGAUCGACGACGAGGACGACCGUGAAGACGAAGAGUCCGGCGCAGGGCUGGGAAUGCGUUUCCGCGGUGGUCUGAAUGGGUUCAAAAAAGGGGAAAAUGGCGAGUCCUCGAAGAACAAUACCCCCGAAGCAGAUGCGCCGCGACCGACAUUCCAAGCCUUCGCUCCGUCGUCCGCGCGAGAACCAGUCCUUAAGCCUACCGCAGCGAGAAACGCAUCCCCGCCCCGGAACAAAGCGCAGGUUAGCUCCUUUGGAGCGAAGGGGAAAAGUAAAGGAUUGGGGUUUGGCGCAAAAAUGCUAGCCAAGAUGGGCUAUGUCGAAGGCCAAGGUCUUGGAAAGGAAGGCGAAGGCCGUAAUGUCAUCAUCGAGGCUAAUCUCCGACCCCAAGGUGUCGGUCUGGGCGCUGUCAAAGAGAAGGGCGAGGCUGAGCGCCAGGAGGAAAAACGACAAGCUCGCCUGCGCGGAGAAGUCGUAGUUGACUCGGACGAGGAGGAAAAGAAGCGCAAGAGAAGGGCGAAGAGGACGAAAUCGCUGGCAGGGGCCUUUGACAGUGCGACAAGCACGCCCAAGCGCCAAAAGCCCAAAUACCUCACGGCUGAAGAGCUGAGGGCUUCAGCUCCCGGCCUCAACAUCCCCGAUGCAUUCACCCCUAUAUUGGAUAUGACGGGGCCAGGAGGCAAGAUGCUCACGUCUACCAGUGGUAUCAUGACACCGAGUUCUGGUAUUCCCGAGUCCACUGAAAUCAUUGAAACCAGAAAGCUUGUCAAGCGCGCGCAGAAUGACUUGGCCGCAUUCUCCGAGGAAUGGAGAAGCUUAGAGGAACGGAAAAAAUGGGUAGCUCUUGAGCUGUCCGAGCGAGAAAGGGAAGUGGAGGAUCUGCGUUCCGUUUUUGAAAGGUUGCAGGUCUUCUCCAACCUUGUUUCGCAAGAGGUGACCUCAGCCUCUGAAUGGGAGCAAGUUGUCAGCUGCUUGCACAAGGCGGUCAAUUUAGGGUCUGCAACACCGGAAAUGGUUGAUAUUCUGGUUGCCGUGAUCAAUCCCUUUAUCCGAGACUCAAAUUGGGACCCGUUGGAAGAACCAGCCAGAUUCGCGACCGACCUUGAGGGUCUCGGGCCUUUGCUAUUGACGGCACCCAACGAGAGACGGUCGGUCAGCAAAUGGGAGUCGUCGGUGGUUGAUGCCGACGGUGUAUACAGAACCCAUCACAAAGCAACGACUGCAUACGAAAGCAUGAUGUACAAGACUUGGCUACCCAAGGUCUUGACCGCAAUCCGCAAAUGGGAUCCAUUGGAACCGGCACCAAUGCUAAACGUUGCAGAGCAAUGGGACGCCUUCCUGCCCCCAUUCGUGCGUGCUCAGCUGAUAGACAAUGUUGUGCGCCGGCUUGAGAGCCUGGUAGCUGAGGUCAGGCGCAAAUUCCGUCAACUCAUUGAUGCAUGGGAGUUCAAGAACGGCGUCGUUCCUGGUUUGAUAAAGUGGGAGACAGUACUAGGCGAACAGUGGCGUUCACUAAUCAUGUCACACGUCCUGCCAGCCAUGAGCAAAUACCUGGGCCGCCAUUUCCGCGUCGACCCGGCAGACCAAGAGCCGUAUCUGAAGUACUUGACCGGUGUGUUCAAGUGGCAGAGCAUCCUGGGCACUAAAUUUGUCGCUGAAGUCUUGGUACAAAGCAUCUUACCCAUGUGGAACGCAAAGCUCGCAGAAUGGGUUGCAUUGGCCGAAGCAGAUCUCACCGAGGUGGCAGAGUGGUAUACCUGGUGGAGGGAUGGACUGCUGAAAGAUUAUAGUGCAAGCGAUGCUGUUUGUGAAGAGCUGGACAAGGGUUUGAGAACGAUGAAUGCCUUCUAG